AUGAAGAACAAGUACUCCAUCAUGCUCAUUGCUGACUUGUUUGAUAUACUUGGACAUGCCAAGUAUUUCACCAAGGUGGAUCUAAGGAAGGUCUACUACCACGUACGCAUAGCAGAGGGAGAUGAACCAAAGACAACCAAUACGUUGGAGGAGCACGUGGAGCAUCUAAAGAAAGUGUUCCAAGUCUUAUGCGAGAAUGAGUUCUUCAUCAAGUGGGAGAAGUGCAAUUUUUCCCAAUAUGAAGUGCACUUCUUGGGACAUGUUAUCAGUGAGGGAAAACUAAAGAUGGAUGAGGCAAAAGUUCGGGCCAUCAAGGAGUUGGAGGAGCCCACAAAGGUUAAUAAUGCCUACUCCGCCAAAGCCGAUCUACUUACCAAACUAAUAAAGAAUAAUAAGUCGUGGGUUUGGAGCGAGAAAUGUAGGAAGGCCUUCGAAGACCUCAAGGUUAUUGUAACAAAAGGAACCGGUCCUAGCAUUGCCUGA